ACUUAUGAAGAGUAAUUAUGUGUUACGUUAUCGGGUUCUUAACUUUUAACAUCAAUAUUUGUACCUAAAUUAUAUUUUCGAAAUAUCAUAUGUAAUACUAUAACUCUGUGUAACGUAAUUGUUUUUAGUUUGAAGUCUAAAUUUAGUUACUGUGUUUACAAAAGUUUUCAGAAAACAGUCACUGUUACUUGUAUGUAAUUAAAGCUUCGACGAGGGCAAGAGAAUGAGUAAGCUAUGUAACUAUAAUAUAACAUUAUGUUAAUGGUUAAGUUUGUGCAAUGCAAUUUAUAUAAAAUUUAUAAUCACAUUAUUUUUUUUAAUGUAUUUAGAUAAAACUAGCAAACAAUCGGAGACAUGGUUAAAACUGUUUUUCAACUGGCAAGGGUUUAAAUAUACCACUCAUAAACACUUUCAUUUAACCCUGCUAUGUUUUCUGUAAUUGACCAUGUCUCUGUGAUAUCUGAAGAUCAUUGAAGGAGAUAUGAAAAUGGAUAGUUCCACAGAAAAUUGGGAUCCAGCUCUUACAAAAUUGUUGACUUCCUUGAAAGAGGUACAAUCUGAUGGAGAAGAUGUAGCUUUCUUAAGUGAACUUUUGCAGUCAAAGCAGCUCCAUGCUUUGGUACAAGCUCAUAAUAAAAUUGUUGCAAAUGGUAAAGAUGAUAAAUUUUAUCCGCUGCUCUCAAAUGCUAUGCAAGUCACUCUUGAAGUAUUUCAAAUGCUAGCUGAUGUUAUUUCUGUAUCUAAAGAAUAUGAGGAAUUAUUAAGCCUCUUACAAAAACCACAUUUUCAGGCUAUACUCUGUACUCAUGAUGCUGUUGCUCAAAAAGAUUAUUACCCGCACCUUCCUGAUGUACCAUCUGAUGCUGAUGAUGAAGAGGAGACUGUCAAAAUUGUACAACUUGUUAAAAGCGAUGAACCCUUGGGUGGAGCUCAGAGUGCAGAGCCAAUUGUGGGGGCAACUAUCAAGACCGAUGAAGAAACGGGAAAGAUUGUUAUUGCCCGAGUAAUGCAUGGGGGAGCAGCUGAUCGGUCUGGUUUAAUCCAUGCUGGUGACGAAGUUAUAGAGGUCAAUGGUAUUAGUGUGGAAAAUAAAACUCCAUCUGAUGUUCUGGCAAUUUUGCAAAAUUCAGAAGGAACAAUAACAUUUAAAUUGGUACCUUCAUUUGGUAAAGGAGGUUCCAGGGAGAGUAAAGUACGGGUCAGAGCUCUAUUUAAUUAUAAUUCAUCAGAUGAUCCAUACAUACCAUGUAAAGAAGCAGGAUUAGAUUUCAAAAAGGGUGAUAUUUUACAUAUUGUGUCACAGGAUGAUGCUUACUGGUGGCAAGCUCGCCGGGAAGGUGAUAGAGUGAUGAGGGCUGGUUUGAUUCCUUCACGAGCAUUACAAGAAGGACGCAUUAUUCAUGAGAGACAAACAGAUCCUCAGACAAUGGAUGGCAACCCUGCCUUGUGCAGCCCGACCACAGCAAGUUCAGAUUGUGGGCCCAAAACGCCUUGCUCGCCUAAUCCUACCGCCACUGCCUUAUUGCCAUGUAAAUCUACUCCAAAAGUUAAGAAAAUAAUCUAUGAUAUUAAGGAAAAUGAUGAUUUUGAUCGAGAAAUAAUACCAACGUAUGAAGAGGUAGCCCGUUUGUAUCCGCGACCAGGAAUGGUAAGACCUAUAGUGCUUGUUGGAGCUCCAGGGGUCGGCAGGAAUGAACUCCGUAGGAGACUUAUAGCAACUGAUCCUGAAAAAUAUGUCACACCAAUACCAUGUAAAGAACAUGAAGAAGUUUACUAUACUGAUCUAUCAAUGUCGUUUUCACUUAUAAUAUUAGUAAGAUGUAAUGUCGCUGUGCGUGUUUUCGCUGUUUAUUUGCAGUUAUUAUGUUUGUAUAGUAAUCAAAUAAUUAUACCAGGUCGGGUAUGCGUGAUAAGUCCACAUUGGCAAGCAUUGAAGAUGUUACGAACGCCUCGUCUGCGUCCCUAUGUAGUGUUCAUACGGCCGCCAUCAUACGACCGGCUCGUCGAAACACGAACGUCGGCGAACGCUCGAUCGACCUUCGAUAAGGAUAGCUCACGCUCAUUCACAGAGGAGGAAUUCAAUGAUAUCAUACGUUCAUCAAAUCGUAUAAAUUUUCUAUAUGGCUACAUGUUUGAUGAAGAGAUUGUGAACGAGGAUCUAGGCAGUGCUGUGACGCAGCUUCUUAAGGCCUCGUGGAAGGUUCAGUCGGAGCCUCUAUGGGUCCCAGCGUCGUGGGUGCAGUAAACUUUAUCUUAUCGUCUUUUUCAUAUAUAUAUAUAUAUCUAGAUAUUUCGUUGUUUAUUAUAACUUUUUAAUCGCAAAUUCAAUAUAAAAUAUAUAUGUAAAGAAAAAUCUAGUCAAAAUUCUGUAACUUUAAUUGUUUGUUACCAAAGAGUAGACACUAAUUGUUUUAUUCCAAAGUUAUAUGAGGGAAUUAAUAGCGUGUUUAUCGUAAUACUGUUAAGUAAAUCUAAUUUUUCUGUCAUUAACGUAAUAUAUUUAGAAAAUCUAGUACAAAGUUGUUUUGUCUGACAAUAAGACAUGGUUUGCUUUAUCUUAAUAAGCUACAAAAAACCAACUCACUAUACUACAUAAUAUGACGGAGUAACAAUAAAAUUGCGUACUAAAUAAGAACAAUUAGUGAAUAGAGAAUGUGGGUUGGUUUCUUGUAAAUUUUGAUCACGGCGGGGACAUUGCCGCGCCCCCCUUAUGUCCCUUAACAUACCCAGAUGGGGCGCACAAUGUGUUCAUGUCCGUGUCCCCAACGUUACUAUAAGUGUAUUGUGAAUUUUAAUAACUUUAUUGUGCCUCUUAAAUAAUGUAAGAAUAUCGUCUUAAAAUUAUUAACUUCCAGUCGAGAGUGUGCAAAAAAAAGAAAUUAUAUGAGCGAGCGUUAUAUCCUAUUUCUUAUUCGUUCUUCCACUUUUCAAUUUUAUUAGUUUAUUUAUAAAUUGUUGUAACAGUUUAAUAUAUAUGUUUAUAUUACAUUUAUAUUAAAAGCGCGCGUGUGCUUAUUUUCUGUUACUCGUUCUUCCACUUUUCGUAAUAAUUAUUUUAAAAAUUUGAUUAUUAAAGAUGAAUCAUUAUUUUAAUACAUGAAGCGAUGAAUUUGUACCCCUUUUUAAGGAAAUUAAAAAAAAAACUAAUCUACGGGAAAUUUGACAGUCAAAAUUAAUGCAGGAAAGAAAUGCCUGAAACUAUUUUAAUCAAAAGUAAUAAAAAUACUUGAAUUAUAUCUUAUUUCGAUCAAAAGGCGAACUCUAAUACAAGUUAGUUGUUUGGAAUACAAAAUGGCAGAUAAAUUGGGGUGCAUACUAUUGUUAAUGUUGUUCCCCUUUAUUGUCACAUUUCUCUGUUUGCACAAACUCAAAAUUUCUUGUAUUUGCAUUGAUGUAAUGAAAUUUCUCAGGACUUUCUCCUCACUUGGACUUAUUAUUUGUGACGUCCAUUUCUUUGGCCUGUUGUGUUCAAUUAAUAAUAUGAGAACUGAAGAGAAUUCUAAAUGCUGUAUAGGCGAAAUAAACUCUGAAAUAUAUGUGGUUAAAAUCUACAUUAACCAUAAGAUGUCAAAAGUAAAUAUUAGAAAACUAACGUUAAAAUUAAAAUGAAAUUAUCCAAAUUUAAAUAUUUAAAAAAAUUAACGUUAAAACUAUCAAAAUUAAUAUAUCUAUAGAAUCAUAGAUGCGUGUAUAAUUCAAAUUAUCAGCAAGAAAUUAGUAAUAAAUAUUAAAUAAGCGUGAAUUAAUUUUGUAAUUAUCUACAUUCAAGCUUACUAUAGAUAAACGAAGCUUUUUCUUAGAUCAAUACUGACCUUUAUAGUAGAAAAAAGUAUGCUCGACUAUAUUUAUUAUUGUUCACUAAUUCACACUUUUUUCAUAUAUUUAUAGCCUUUAGUAAUUUUUGAAAGUGAUCAAAGUUACAGUUUAUACUAGAACAUUAAAAUUGAUAUAAACUUUGUUCUUUUAUAUAUCAUCGCGACUAAAUCUUGAUAAACGCAUUUUAUGUCAAAGGUAAAUCUUAAAAACCAAGUGCGAGACAAUAUCUGAACAAUAACACUCACUUUCAUAAUAACUUUGAGCUAUGUCUUACUCGUCAUUUCGAAAAUAUCUUUAUUGAAUAAAAAUAAUUCCUAUGUAGUGGCGAUGAGUGGUGGACAGAGUUUAUUCCACCAUCAUACCUUUAGUUUAGGCCAUUUGUUGAUUAGUGUCAACAUUAAAACCAUAGAUGUAUAAUUUAUAGAUUCGGAGCACAAAAGAAAGGUGAAAAAAAAAUUUGCUUAAUCACAUUUCUAAAAUCGACUUACAGAUGCACUCAUAUGGAACACUCCAUCUAUAAGUUAUAAAUCUAUUAAGAAAUAGUUUCAAUAGUCCCAACGAAAAACAUAAGUAAAAAGUCUGAAUUUACCGAGCAUUUUAAAUAUUGUAGAAUUUUAUUGGAGUUAUAUUGUGAAUUACAAGUUUUGUUGUGCAUAUUCCUAAAGCAGUAUUUAUUUCAAUGGGUGUUUAUUAUUACACCGAGUUUGAUGUAUUAGUUAGUGUAUAGAUAUGGUUACAUAGCUGAAAAAAAUUAUAUGCGCUAAUACUCGUGUUACUGGUGGCAUGCCUAUUAAAAGCAAUUUAUAAGCAAUCUAUUUUGGGCCUAAUAUUCAAUAAAUUAUGUAAUAGUUUUUGAUCUUAAAAUUACUUUGAAUAACAAAGCAAUAUGUGAUAAAGGAAUUUGUGCAUGAUAGUCAAAUCAUCUUAUAUCUGUCAAUUAACAAUAUGGUAUACAAUUUUAGCUGGUACUUUCAGGCUUUCUAAAUAAAUGAGUUUUGUUAUAUGUCACCAGUAGCGUCGACUGGUAGCUAGAUUUAAAAUCUAUUUAACAAUUAUAUUGGAGAGCUACAAUUAUAUGUUUUAUUACUAUCAACUAAUUUUAUGUUAUGUACAUAUUUUCAAAAUUAAUUUUACCUUUUUAAAACAUAAGUCGUUCGGCCCACUUUGUAUUCAAUAGCAUCGCAGAAGUGAAAAGUCAAAAGAUGAUGUUAUUUUAUGUAUGGUAUCUCUGCAGCUUAAGCUUUGGCUUAAUAAAAUAAUUUUAUAUUGAGAAAUAUCACAAUGUCCUUUUGCAUGUGGCAACCAUUGAUAUCAAGCUGUUAAAUAAAUUAUUUUUAAACCUU